AUGCAAGUCGUAAGGCGGGACAUGCAGCUCUCACUGCGUAUCCUUCAGCACCUCCUCUUCCUCAAAGACGCCGCCAUCCCCACAAAACCCACCCUCUACGCCUGGGACGAAACCUGGCCGGCGACAAGCGCCUCCCUCACAACCUCCGGCCUAACACGCACCGGCCUCCUCCCAGCCCUCGAAUACGGCGACAAGAUCUACACGCAGCACAUCCCGACGCUGCGCUAUCUGGCCCGCGAACUCGGCGCGUACGACGGACAGACCUCGUACGAGAAAUACAUUGUCGACGCGGUGGCGGAUCUGUAUAUCGAUUGGCGGGGGCAGUGGGUUUGCAGCCUCAAGGGCGCGAGCGAGGAGUAUAAGAAUGAGACUGUGCCGAAGUAUUACAAGGUCAUCGGGGAGUAUUAUGAUGAGACAGCCGGGCCGUAUCUGUUGGGGGACCGGAUCACGUAUGUCGAUUUUGCGGUGUAUCAGAGUAUUGAUAAUGAGAGGAGGACGGGGACGUUGCCGGAGUCGCUCCCUGAGUCCCUGGUGAAGCUGCAGGAGGCGAUGGAGGCGAGGCCGAAUAUCAGGGAGUAUAUUGCGGAGCAUAAAUAG